AUGUACACUAGCAUCUACAUUACAGAUUCCAAGAAGAACCUAGUGUUUGAAUAUCUGCUGACAUCGCAAGCUCCCACUUUUCAGCAGCUAUGUAGCAAGAUUGCAGGUCGGGAUGCGGCAAUGGACGCCAUGGUAGCGAUAAGCAAGGACAUGUCGCUGUAUCGGCAGGCGGUGGGGCCUGAGAAGCUGUGGUACUGGGCGCUGUGCCAAGCGUGUGGGGACCCCCUAGAGCCACAAAUGUUCCUGGCACAAUACCACCAGGUGCUGAUUGAGUACUUUGACAAGGAGGCACUGACGGUCAAGAAACUGGUCAACAACGCAGACCGGCUGGCACUACUGCUACACGCCAUGCUAGAUGCGGGGGAGGUGGCGGUGACGGAUUCGAACCGCCUGCGGCAGCUGGUUCCGCUCCGCAACGACCUCUCUACCAUCUUGAACAGCGCGACCAAGACGCUGGCAAAUACCGUCAAGUACGCGGACUCGAAACAGCUGUUCGGGGCGCCGGUCGCCACAGGCAAGGUCGAGGCAGGCCAAACUGUUCCCUGGCGCACCGCCGACUGCCGCUACGUCAAUAACGAAAUCUACGUGGACCUGGUGGAGACUGUCAAUGCCACGCUGCGCCAGAAGGGUUCGUCGCUCACGCUGAUCAACGGAUCCCUUAGUGGCAAAAUCGAUGUCAAAUGCUAUCUUUCCGGCAACCCGACAGUACAGCUCAAGCUGCGGACCAGCGGCCAUCCCCUAGAUAACUCCGCGCUCCACCGCUGUGUUGAGCUGGGCGAGGCUGGCGUGGCCACCAUGAACUUUGUGCCACCCGACGGCCGGUUCACGCUUGCCGAGUAUGCCAUCGACCUCAGCGCCAUAAGCCAGGCCGCCCGCCGCCUCACCAACCUCGGUCUGGUGACAGUCUCGCUGGCGUCCGGCCUCGGGCAGCACAGGGACGAGUUUGAGAUCAAGGUCAUCAUCGGCAAUUCCACGCAAGUCGCCGCCAUCGAGGACUUGCGCAUCACCGUCUACUUCCCCGACAUAUCAGACGCUGCAAAGAUCAAGAUCCUACGCACCACCCACGGCGGCUGGGAGUCCGACCUCUCCCGUGUCCGCGGCGUCUGGGCGUUUGACAAGCAGACGGCUGUCGGAUCGGUGCCCGUCCUCAGAGGCUGUGUCGAGAACCCGGAAUCCACUCCCCAUGCCCCGCCCGUCUUCCCGUCCCAUCUCGCGGUAAGCUACAGCCAUGUCGGCCAAUUGCCCAGCGGCAUUCGCGUCGACACCAUUGCUCUCUCCGAUCUGCCCCCGGGGUCGAAACCGUUCAAGGGUGUAAAAUACACCUCCCGCGCCGGUGACUACAUCGUUAGAGCAUAG